AUGCCACCCCCGAGAACAGAAUCGAAUCCCUCUACCGGGGCACACGGGCGCCAGCGCCCCGGGGCAGCGUGCGAUGAGUGCCGACGGCGAAAAUUACGCUGCGAUGGCCUCCAGCCCCAGUGCGGCGUGUGUCGAGAAACUAACGUCGUUUGCGAAGUUACCAAGCGUGCUGUCCGGGGUCCUAAAAAGGGCCACCUCAAGGUGCUAAAAAACCGUAUUCUACAUUUGGAGUCUAUGCUCGAGACUCGAUUGCCAGACGACCAGCCACAUCCGCAGUCGGAGUGGUUAAGCGAUUCCAGAAACAGCGAUGAUGGCAACUAUGGAGCUGCCUCCUCAGGAUCAGAACAUGAGGAGGCGCUUACCUCAAAUAGCUACGAGCCACAGCCUACCUCAAAUCAGUCAGCUCUGCAAAGUAGCAAAGAGGUGGAAUUAGCGUCUUUCAUAGCGCCCGCGUCUAGCCCUCACCUUUCUACUCCGAUACGGGCUGAAUUGGACCAGCUAUAUAUGGAUCGUGUACAUCAAUCAGUCCCGAUUCUACACCAAAGACGAUACUUUUCAUGGUCAAAGUCAAGCAAGACUGCAUCCCAGCAAUGUCUGCAGUAUGCGAUGUGGACACUGGCGUCACUGUUGUCCGUUCAUUCCAGGGAAUUGGCUGAGCCGCUCUACAGGCAAACUAAGCAGGUGCUGGAGAAUCUGAGCAUCGAUGCCGACAAUGAAAUCGGGAACAGCACCGCACUAGCCCAGGCAUGGGUAUUGAUUAUCAUAUUUGAAUACACGCGAGGGUAUCACCGCCAAGCGUGGAUGAGUGCCGGUCGCGCGUUUCGCUUAGUCCAGGCCAUGCGAUAUCAUGAGAUCGAUAACCCUGUUGAUAAGCGAGGACCGUCCUCUCCGCAAUUUGGGGACUUGAUUGAGGUUGAGGAAAGACGUAGGGUGUUUUGGAUGAGCUAUUUCUUGGAUCAUAUCAUCAGUAUACGCGAUGACUGGCCGAUUACCUUGAAUGAACACGUGAUAUGUACCCGGCUUCCAGCACCAGAUGACAAAUUUCAGAACGGGGGUCAUGAGUUAGGACCGCUCUUGUCCGAAGCUAUGAUGGAGCCCACUCUCCAAGUCCAGUCGUCAUUCAACGAGUGUCUUAUCCUGGCCACUAUCUGUGGCCGUAGUCUCCUGCAAAGCCAGCAGUAUCACAUAUCAAAAGCGUACGGUGAUGGGAACACGGACUGGUCAGAGCAACGCAGGUGGCUAGACAGUAUCCUUAAAAACCGACUUCAAGUCUUGUCUCAAAACUACCCAGCACCCACGGAAUCCAACGACCCCCUUCUUCUUUUCGCUAACAUACUCGGUCAAGCAACAGUGAUUUACUUCUGCAAAACAAUAAGUGAUACCAGCGCCGAUGAUGGUUCUUUGAGAGAGAACAGUCCCGAGUUCAUCCAGUAUCAAUAUCGCGCUCUAGAGGCAUCCACCAACAUAAUUAGUCUCGCUUCCAUUUUACAGGAACUGCCAGUAUCCAGGGUUCAUCCGUUAACACCGAUUCCCUUAUUUAUGUGUGCCGAAUUUCUAUAUAGCGAAAUUCAUAACGAGGAUUUCCAGCCGCGGUUGCAGGAGCUUUUCCAUGUGUUUGGGGGGCUGAAGAGCAUUAAUAACCCAGAGCAGAGCUAUUUGGACCUUCUUCCACGCUCAUGCCUCUCUAAAACUGCAGAACUAUUUAUUCAUAGUGUGGGGACAGGAACGCCGAAUCUAUGGAAUGAGGGCUGCCUUUUUCCCUAG